GCCAGCCUGUCCGGCGGGCUCGACUCGCAUGCGCUGCGACCUGCCUCGCCCACACGCCGAAUGACGCUGCCAUCAGGCUAACCUCGACACAUGGCAGGCCGCAAUGGGCAGACAUGCCAACCCGGACAUCCGACGUGCCUUUGCAGAGUUCCAGGACCAAGACACGCCCUCCAAGUGCAACAAGGUGCGCUGCCGGCAUUGCGGCUUCGUGCGCGCAAAGAACACGACGCGCCAGAUCGAGCACCUGCAGGACUGCCAGGCCUACCUUGCCUCGUCCGACGCCCAAGCCCAUGUCCUCGCCCAGCAGCAGGACGGCACGCCCGUCGAUGGCAGCACCGCCGCCGGGCCCAGUCCGAUACUGAGCGGACAGCAGCCAAACCCCAACCUCCAGGUCCAGCGCCGCGGCCCCAACGCCAGCAAGCGCGCCCGCGACGGCCAGCCCAUUGCCCCCGUCCUUGCCCCGGCGGCCCCCGUCACGCCCUCGCUGACUUCGCAUCUGCUCAACACGUGCGCUGCGCCCUUCCGCCAGGCCACCCAACGACCCUUCCUGUCGCAUGCCGGCUGCGGCUCCCUCGCCGCAGAGCCGCUGUCGCAGUGGCUGGUGCAAGACGGCCACUAUGCGCGCGGAUACAUACGCUUCGUCGGCCAGCUGCUGGCCAAGAUACGGCUGCCCCAGACGCCAAACUCGCAGUUCCACCCCAUGUACCGCACCAUGGACCUCUUGAUCUCGGCCCUGAACAACAUGCGCCGCGAGAUGCAGUUCUUUGAAAUCACCGCCACCAAGUACGGCCUGGCGCUGGGCACAGAGCCGCCCAACCCAAUCACGCGCGCCCUCAUGGACUUGUUUGUCAAUGCAACCAGCUCAAGCGCGUCGCUGCUCGAGGGCAUGGUUGCCCUUUGGGGGACUGAGCAUUGCUAUCGUUCGGCGUGGCAAUACGCAGCCACCUUUACUAGCGCCCUCCCCACGUCCGCCAGCGACUCUCACAUCAUCGCCCUCCACCAAGUCCUGAUACCCAACUGGACUUCGCCUGCCUCGAGCAAGUUUCUCGACGCAACCCGCGCGCUAGUCGACGAACUAGCCAACAUCACAACCACACGCGAUGGCAAGGAGGAAAUGGCGCGCUGUGAAGAAGUCUUCCGCCAGAUAUGCUGGCUGGCCGAGCGCUUUUGGCCCGCCAUUGACGACAAUGGCGACGAAGGCCCCAGACCCCGAAUCGAAGGCCCCAUGGCAGCCAUAGGACCAACCAUGGACACUACCAGCAUGCAAGGCGGAAUGCCAAACGGCCUCCCAAUGGCCAUGAAUCGCAACAACAUGCACGCCAACAUGGCUGGCCCAAGCAUGCACAACACUGCCAUCAACAUGCAUGGAAAUCCCGUCAACACAAACACUACAAACACAAACAUGGCGGCCCCUACCCAGACGCCUAAUAUGCACCCCCAUAACAAGUACGGUAUGCCCCAUAGGAAAAGCAUGGAUAGCGCUGGUCAAGCUUCGUAG